GAUGUUUUUUCGAGUAGCACUGUUUUGUGUUUUGCUGCCUCUGGUCAUCUCAUGGGAACAAAGUUUUGUCGACAGGGAAGAAGCCGAAGAGCUGAGAAAAUCUGUGGUGUAUUUGUCUUCUUACAACUGUGACCUUUCCCCAUCCGUCUGUCCGCCCGAGAACACCCACUCCUAUCACCCCACUUCCUGUCCGUACGUGAAUCGCAGAGACGCCCAGAUCGAAAUCAUGCAGAUGGAUGAGGUAUCUGAUGUGAUGUGCUUACAGGGUGUUUGGUAUGCCAGCGACUUGGAAGCCAUUGUAGAGAGAACAUCAACUAAUUUCCCGUAUUCUUACAGUUUCUUACAUGACACAACCGGUCGAUUCAAUAGCACCAGAAUACCACACCCACCAUGUAACGAAAAAGAUACCAAAAUCUUGAAAAUCAUCGACGAAUGCGAAUUCAAAGAAUGCCAUUAUUCGUCUUACAGAACAAAGAUAUUCAAAUGCAUUGAAGAAAUUUGCAAGGUUAAGAAUAUCAUGCAAGAGAUGUCAGAGACCUGUCUGGGUUGCAUAUUUCAAGGUACAGAAAGAGGGAACUUUAUGGAAUGCACGAAGCCUGCGUAUGCAUUUAAUCCCACUGGACUCUUGGUGUUGAGUAGGUACAAGAUAUUAAAAAAUCAACACGAGCUGUAUCAUCCUUACACCAAUGUUGACAGUACGGGUCACAAAAGGUCAUCCGAGAUCAUACAGCGAGGAUAUCUGGAUAUUGAGGUGAAUCACAUCGGGCGUGUCAUAUGCACUCACUUAACGGAGAAAUUUGGGGAGGAGUACGUGGAAGUUGCGAACACUUUCCGAAGUUAUAGGGAGAAAAAUUUUGACGAAUUUGACACGUUGUAUAAGUUGCUGCAUAAUGUUCCCCGAACAAUAGUGAUGGGCGACUUAAACGCUAGUCCAUCUCUCUCCAAGGGAAGCAUUGCUCCACAGUUCCCCGAGAAUCUGGAAGUCCUUCGAGACAUUGGAUUUCAAGAUCCUGUUUCUGAUUCACACAAAAACACCCAGGCUGAUUGUUCUUACUGUUGUGGGAAUUUCCUCGUCAUGAAACCGGAAAUAGGAGUCUGUUCAAAGACUAGUCCAUCCAUUGGCUAUAUAUUUGAUCACGUGAUGGUUAGGGGAUAUGAGGUAGUGGAUACGGAAGAAGACUAUUUGAAAAAUAAUGCAGUUUAUCGGAUUUUCCUCGUCAAUACGCAGGGAUCGGCCAUGUCUAGACACUAUGGAUUUACUGUCCCCGUCAUUAUCGGCUAACCUCAAUCUACCCUGGUCUGGAGAACCAGUGGGCGAUAUUGUCAAUCUUGACACAGUUUACAAUUAUACAAAUCUUGAAACAAAACAAUAUUUUUAGUUCUGUUAAUUAUGACAUGGUUUUCAAUACAAAUAUUGGAACAAAACAA